AUGUUCAAGUUACUUUGCUUGUGCACUUUCCUUGCGGUGGUUGCUGCCUUUCCGGGAGGAAUUGACGAUCCGGCCCACAACGGUCCAAUAAUGGUGAAACGAGAGGCAGCAGCUGCCGCUACCGUGGCCACAGAAAACAACGAACCGAUCGCAGCCACUAUUGAUGAUGCAGCGGAUACACCAGACGAUAUGGACAAGGCAGAAACGUUUGGCUACGGCUAUCGUAAAUACAUUCACGUCUAUCCUAGAUACUAUCCACGCUACUACUACGGUAGUUACUACUAUCCACGGUACUACUACGGACACUACGGCCACUACUGGUGA